AUGGUGCCUGAAGGCCAACGGGAGGCGUCGGUGCUGAUGCCGGUGAGCUUACCGCCCAUCACGGACUGGCUGGAGUGCGUCGUUGUCCUCGUCUCCUUCGUUGCCGCCGGGCUGCUGGCACUCUACGCAGACCCGGGUCGGGUGGCGCUGCAAGCGACGCUGCUGGAGUUCGACGCCCAGGGUCUGGUGGACCGUCUGGGGCACCGGAACCCCGGGACUAUCCAGAUUCCCAGGGUAGAUGAAGAGACGGGUGGUGCGCAGCGGACCAGCGGCAGGGACACUGCGGGUGGCAGGCCGCAGACCGACGGCAGGGAUGCCGCGGACGGUAGGACGCAGGCCGACGGCAAGGACGCCACGGGCAACAGGCCACAGGCCGGCCGUGGAGCUGCUGCAGGCAGCAGCCAUCAUGCCAGUAGAGGCGUCGCCGGUAGCGGAGCGGCGGCCCUGGAGGACAAAGGAAAAUGCCCUCGGGUGUUCGUGCCCCAGCCGUUGUCCUCGUCGUCGCCGUCGCCUCCACGGCAGCAGCCGGCGGUGGGCAGCACGAAGGAGCCACCCAAGGACCCUGUCGGAGACCAGAGGCGACUAGAGGCUCCAAGGCCGGCUCCCGCCCCCGAGCCGAGCGUGCCCGCACCUGAGCCGAGCACGCCGGCCGAACUAGAGCCACAGGCGCCGCCCUGCCCUGAGCCGAGGGUAGCGGCCGCGCUCGAGCAGCCGGCGCCGGUCGAGCCCACCCCUAGCACUUCGAGGGCGGGGCAAGUGGCCGCGGCGAGGGCGGCACCAACAUGGCAACCAUCGGGGACCCUGAGCACCUCUACUGAGAGGGCUCGCAUGGGACCCAGCGCCCGACCGUCAUCCAGCCAGACCCCAGAACCCCUCCCGGACGUGCUUGGAAGCACCCGAGAGGUGAUCGAAAGGCUAGAGGUGGCCGUGGCGGCGGAGUGA